ACUCCCGACCCACAAUCUCACGCUAAAACUCUCCUCAGGGGAAAUGAAAGUCUUCCAGUGAAACUGGACUGUGAAGAGGAGAAGUAUGGCAAACUUUUCAAUACUGCGUCGCUUCUCUGUACGCGUCCUCCCAGCUUUAGCAACUGUCAUUCCCAAGAAAGAUGAGCAAAUCCCCGAUAGUCCUGCUGAACCCGCCGCCUGGAGAACAGUUGCACCUUAUUGGAAUUUGUCUGUCAAAAUAAUAGAAGCCAGAAAUAUUGCUAAAAGGGAUUUAGUCUCUGAGUCUGAUUGCUAUGUCGCCAUCCGUCUGCCUACAGCUUCUGCAAAAAAUCAUCGGACUACAACUGUGCUCAACUCGAGCAACCCAGUGUGGAACGAGACCUUCCACUACAAGAUAAACAGCCAUGUGAAGAAUGUUCUAGAGUUGAGCCUUUUUGAUGAGGAUUCCCUUUCCCGAGAUGACUUGUGCUCCACUGUAUUCUAUGACCUCAAUAACCUUUCCCCUGGGGACAGCACUAUGCGUCACGUCUUCAAGCUCAACCCCGAGAGUAAAGAAGAACUCCUGGUAGAAUUUUCCAUAGAGGAAAGCAAGGAUCCUCCAGUAGAAAUCGUGACCAAUGGAGUUCUUGUGGCCUGCCCUUUCUCGCGUCUAGAGGUGGAGGUGGAUGUAGAAAAGACGAAACGUCAUACAAUCCCUGAAGGUAAAGAGAACCUCACUCUGCAAGUAUCAGGGGCUUUUGAGGAGGAACAAUCAGUCUUUAAUCCAUUAAAAGAGUCCACAUCAAAAUCCCCAGUAACCUUUCACCUGAACCGAGAUCUGGAGACAGAACUGAAGAUCAAGCUCACCAAAGACACGGACUGUGAAAGUCGAAAGAAAGGCCCUGCUGAUAUAAAAAGCAUUGUCGAUAUAGCAUCAGUCCCCUUGGCUCUCCAUUCUGCUGGAGAAGAAUUCACUAUGUCUGUCCAUCUUUCCAAGGAUAAAGAUGUAGACUUGAAGCUGAAGGCAAGAGACAGCUCAGAGGACCUUGAUGUUCGGCUGAGUUUUGAUCUCUCAAGGCAGGAGAAGGAUUUUCUGCUGCAACGUCAGAAGUUGGUAUCUGAGGCAUUUCAGAAAGUUCUGCACUUGGACUCCUCUCUCGAGUCAGAUGAGGUUCCGGUUGUAGCAGUGGUAGGGUCGGGUGGUGGCGUUAGAGCUAUGACUUGCUUGUAUGGAUCUUUAUUGGGACUGCAGAUGCUGAAUUUGAUUGAUACGGUUACUUACAUUGCUGGCGUCUCUGGUUCUACCUGGUGUAUGUCCAGCCUUUACACAGAACCAGACUGGUCCCAUCAAAAUCUUCAGCCUCUGAUCGACCGCACCCAAGCACAGAUCACCAAGUCUCAGACGCACAUGUUCUCUGUGCCUCAGCUGCUGUAUUACUGCCAUGAGCUGAAGAAGAGGUCAAAGGAAGGACAGGCCAUUUCUUUGAUUGACCUGUGGGGUCUUGUCAUUGAGUAUAUCAUCCAUGGAAAGGAAAAUGAAGCCACGCUGUCAGGCCAACAGGAGGCAAUCGCCAAAGGGCAGAACCCUUAUCCUAUCUACACAGCCGUCAACAUGAAAGAAGGAUUCUUGAGUAACCAAAGUGUUACUGAAUGGUGCGAGUUCACCCCCCAUGAAGUUGGCUUCCCCAAGUAUGGCGCCUUCAUCCGUUCUGAAGAUUUUGGGGGCGAGUUCUACAUGGGGCACCUGAUUAAGAAGCAUGCCGAGAGUCGGAUUCCGUUCCUGCUGGGUUUAUGGAGCAGCAUCUUUUCGACUAACUUGGCUCAGGUGUGGACCUCCUUGACUGGCUCUGUUCCACACUGGCUUCAGUGGCUGACAGACACUGUGCUCAACCGAGAGAAUGCUCCAGAGCAGACGAAGGUGCCCACAGUUUUAGACACAUUCUUCAUCACUCCCACCAGCAUCAUCACUCAUUUUCUUGAGGAGGUCUUGACCGACCGGCCUGUCAUCAGCCACAGCUACAACUUCCUACGGGGCUUCACUCUGCACCGGGACUACAGUCGGAGCAACCAAUUCACUGCUUGGAAAGUAAAACACUUGGAUGCAUUCCCCAACCAGCUAACCCCCACCGACCCAAAGCUACACCUUGUUGAUUCAGGAUUCUCCAUUAACACUGGCUUCCCACCACUGCUGAGGCCAGAGAGGAACGUAGACGUCAUUCUCUCCUUCAACUUUUCCUGGGGAGACCAAUUUAAGGGGCUCAAGCUUACUGAGCAGUACUGUUCAGAUCACCGCUUGCCUUUUCCUCGGGUGAACCUUGCUGAAGUUGAGCAGCAGCCUCUGAAGGAGUGUUAUGUCUUCAGUGAUGAGAAUAAUCCACAUGCACCCAUUGUUCUUCAUUUCCCAAUGGUUAACGCUACAUUCCAGACAUUCAAAGCCCCCGGUCUUGCGCGUCUUACUGAACAGGAGGUGACAGAUGGCCAGGUAGAUGUCCACAGUAAACAAUCUGCCUACAGGACAUUUGACGUGAGCUACACACCUGAAGAAUUCACACAGCUGGUGACCCUGAGCUGCUAUAAUGUCCUCAAUAAUGAGGAGGCGCUCCUCAAGGUCCUACAGCAAGCCCUGGAGAGAAAAAGAAGAGCAAGGGGGCAGCCGCCAAAGCCUAAGCAGUUUAGUCCUUGAUAUUCCAGAGCCCACGCCCAUCCAGCCUCCGUAUUUGGAUGAAAUGGAGUGAGCCCUUCUUUGGUUACACUUUGCAUCAACACAAGCACAGAAAUAGAAAGAUUGUUAAAUAUGACUUUCCAGGUGAAUAUGUCUACUGGUCAGAUACCCUCACAAAACAUGACCUCUUCACGAAUUGGUGGUCUCGUUCAGUCCAAACUGCAGUGAUGGACGGGGAUCAUUGCAGGGCUGGUUCUUGGUCUGGACUGACUAAUGCCAGGCUACUCUAAGCCUCGCUAGGUUCCAGAAAUGGUAAAGUGGGUAAGAAAAUGAAUGGAGUCUGCUCAUCGAUGCUGUGAAUCCUCGACAAUGUGAAGCCAUUAAUGGAGUGUUACUAGAACUGAACGCACACUUCUACCUUAUGCCCUUCUAAAACUGAAUGCACACUUGAAUGUCUUGUCUAAAUAAACAGGAGACCAUAAAUGGCUAUUCUAUCAAAACGGACACAAAUCGUGUAUGUUUGUAAGAACGGCAGGUUUUAAAUUUGUAUUUGUUAAAGCCACAUUUUGAAUUAAUAAAGGAUGUUAUAACCAACAAA